AAUAGACUGGUUUUGUGUUGUAGAGGGAGCAGGGCAUCUGUCAAGGUACAAGGUUGCACGUUUUUGUGCUAUUUCAUAACCACUCAUUGUUGAUGAGAAACACUAACGCGAAUAUGAGCUGAAGAAUGGACGUUGCAAAAGUGCGCACAAAAAUAGAAGGGGGUGGGGUUAUGUCGAAAUUGGCUCGACGUUGUUGACUAUGCACACGGGUGGGCGUCGUCACGAUUAUAGCCAGAAAGGGGUGAAGGGGAAAUAGGGUGAAGAGCUUGAAGUGAGACAUGUAUCGAGGAUGAAUGCGUUCGAUAUGCACUGUGGAUGGGGGCACGUUGCUGUAUUUGUUUAAGGAAAAGGCGCACACCACAAUAACCUCUGCGCAAGUCAGUGUGCCGGAAGACACGGCGAUCACCUCUGAUUCGAGGAGAGAGCAGGCCAUACGCCUUUUCGUGGCCACCACCCUGUGGCCGGAUGCAUAAGCUCCAGGCGACCUUUUCAACAGGGAGUCCCGAAAGGCAAUGUUCUCUCUCGAACUCUAUUCACAAAGGUCCGUGACCUACUUCGUAUUCUCCACACCUCACUACGUUGACGAUAUUUGUUUCCGCAUAACAGGGCGGAACAAGGAAAGAAUCCGUGACUCGACGGAAGUUGCUCUUGCUUCAGUCAGUGCAACUUUGUCCAGUAGAGGGUUGGAACUAGUACCUUGGGAAGUCCCAGUGCCUCGUCUGCAUCCCGCGUGGGAGCCACGUUGGAAGGGACUUCCCCGGGAUCAGCUUCAAUGACGUCUCUAUCCUAAGAUGGAAAUCGUGCAUUACAUGCCUCGGCAUUACAAUCGACAGUGCAUAGCGCUGGUCGAAACUGCAAGAACCAUACGCUGCAUGCCAUUUUACACCCCAGCACGACCCUCUCCUCUAGACGCCUGAGGGUUCAGAAUAUAGGGCGCCACGCAUAACGAAGCUGCCUUGGAGGCCUCUAUAAUGACUCAGACCCAACUCGGGUUUCUGGUCGGACGACGCACAAAACCACCGAGCUUGCCGACUUCACUCCCCCAUCUUCUGGUCAUCAUCAUCUCGUUAUCAUCUUAUCACCAUCUUCAGUCUACUGUCGCGAAGAUGCCCACAUCUGUGAGGCCAACUACGGCAAGCUGUCACAAUCACCACCACCUUAUGGCAAUUACCAUGAAUUCAAAAGUCAACAAGAAGAUCCCGAGGCAUGUGGGCAUCAGUGGAAACGAGGGCGCAGAUCGCACAGCCGCAGGCGCGCAUGAGCACACCCAGCGUGUGCCCAUCAUCUUGGCUCGGGAGGAUCGCCGUUACCUCGCAUCACCGGACCCGAGAUGCACUCUCAAUGGCAGCAUGACAUCACCACCCAUUGUCUGCUUUACUCUGUCGACAGUCUUCCACCGCAUGAGGCUUAAUGUAGCUUUUACACAUCUCAUCGGUGUCGGCGCAUCCAGCCUCUGUUCCACGUGUGGUGUGCGCGGUGAUCUCCAUAACAUCCUCCUGGUCUGCGGACAUCCCGUUCGCGAGACCGUGGUUGUGAACGAUCGCUGGGGAAUAAACGCCAACUGCAAGCACGGUGACUUUUACAACUGUAAAGACAACUACGACCCGGGUGUGCUUAUGAGCCACAAGUGGGAACGCUGCACCACGAUCGACAUGAAAUCUUGGGGUUACCGCAGACACGCUAGCGCCCAGGACUAUCUUACCAUUGAGGAGCUGCUCCGAAGAGUUGUCAAGACAAUCAGCUGCAACGGAAACAUCUUAAUCAACGUGGGUCCUACUAAAGAUGGUGUCAUCACUCCCGUGUUCCAAGAGAGGCUUCUGCAGUUGGGUUCCUGGCUGAAAGUGAACGGAGAGGGUCUCUAUGCGUCAAAACCUUGGAAGCACCAGAACGACAGCCACACUCCUGGAGUAUGGUACACCCAGAAAGCUGACAACGUGUUCGCAUACGUGCUCCAAUGGCCGAAAGGGAACGUACUGACCCUCCAUUCCCUCAAACUGAACAAAGCGUCUCGCAUUACUCUUCUCGGAUACGACAAAGGAGACCUCGCCUGGUAUACAACGCCAGAAGGCGCAGUGGCUGUCGAGUUCCCUGCGUUUACUCCAUACGCUCUGCCCUGCCAGUGGGCGUGGACGUUGAAGAUUCAGGGUGCUAUGUAGAAGGAGAGGUACCGUUUGAUGCACAUUAAAGAUAACGUGCUGCAUCUGUCAAGAGCAAUAAAUAGAAUUCAAAUAUU